AUGAAGCAAACCCUAUUCUCGCUCAUCUUCAUCCCGCUCCUCGCACCAGCCCUAGCCCUAGUCGCGCCGAAACUUCCAACUGGUCUUGGUCUUGAGAAGCGGCAGACUCAGUGCUCCAUGCUUCCCUGCGACGAAAACACAGCGAUCCUCUGCAGUCUCCUAAAUUGCGGGACUUGUGAGGGCGGAGUCUGUACGGGCACCGCAACUGGUGGUUCUGAGGCUGAUUCUGGCUCAGCCAUCUCUGACUUGACUGCAUCUCUUGGUUCAACUAGCUCUCUUGGCCUGACCAGUUCUGGUGCUGUUCCUUCCACUCUUCCUAUUAACUUAUCCGCUUUGACUGGCUCGAGUGUCUCCGCCGGAGGUGCUUCUAUCAACUCAAUCAACUCCACGUCUUUGACUAGCUCGACUUCCUCUAUGCCAAUUGAUUUGACAGGCUUUGCUGGUUCGGCUGGUUCCACUGCUUCUACUGGUUCAACUGACUCUACUGUUGUGAAUGGGGCCGCUGGCGCUGUGGAUUCGACUUGA